CAUGUGUCAUGCAUUUGUGGGUGCCUCUGUAUUGGUUUCCUUUUUGCGUCACAAGAAUUUUUUGUAUACAUGUACUCUGCAUGUGUCUAGGGGGCGUGUAAAGUGCAACGACGUGUUUGCUACUUACACCCACACAUCAGAUACCGGCAUGUGCAUGAGUGUCUGUUUAUAGACAACAUGUACCUCUGCUCACUGCUUGGUCUCUCCCCUUGCUUACUUGUGUGGAAAUGCUGCAGCUCGACUGUAGUGACUCUAGUGGACGAGCGAGGCGUCAGCUGUCGCAUAAAUUGCGGUCACGUCAUUUCCUAGAAACUUGUUCAGGUGUAUGAUGCGUCUUCCUUUGUAAGCUGCAAUUCGAUUAGAACAGCGGAUAAAUAACAGAGAACUCGUAGAAAGUAUUGCAGUGCGGACAUCUUCAUGCAGCUACGUGUCAUGGCCCAAUCUAGCCUUUCGCUUCUAGUGCUGUUGGUAACUCUGCAAGCCUGGAUGCUUCUACCCGUCACCGGCUCUGGCUAUUCCACUCGGCUGCGUUGCCGGGAUAUCGGCAGGCAGUGCACUGACUCUAUAUGCGGAAUACGCCUCUGCAAAAGCAACAAAUUCUGCUGCCACACUUCUCAAUAUUUCUACUUGCGAAGGGCUUGUUUUCUCAAAACUUCAGUCGUCAGGCAGUGUACACCGUUCAGGUGCGAGAACAACGGAAUUUUGCGAUUCCAAAGCUACUUCGAAUCGACUCUGUGUCGUGAACCGACACUGUAUUGCGCAUGUCCGUCAGGAUUUACUGGUCGCUGCUGUCAAAAGUCUUUGUUGCCGCCCAGCCCGUGUUCUGCGACGUCGUGUCCAGACGACAGCAUUUGUGUUGUGGUGUACGGCCGUGCCACAUGCGAACGCAAAGACGUUCCCACCACACCAUCGUUGUUUGACACAACAACAUCGAUUCCUACCAACAGUCUCUCAACUGUUACUGCUAGAAUCGGACAACACACGGAUGACGUAACUGUCGGACCUACAGUUUCUAUCGACUUUCACGAUGGGAGUGGCAUUGCUAGUGCGUAUGAAGAGCUGCCAACCGGCGAUGAAGGCGACACUCCGCCACCUGACACUACAGAUGACGAUGAUUUUGUAGUGAUUACUGGAAAAUAAUUGAUGCUAGAACGUAGACAGCACUUUUGUUGUUGUUUGUUGACGGUUUGUAUACCUGAUUGGUUCUUAGAUUUACCUAAUCAAAACAGCAACUAAAA